AUGAACCUCACUACGAUCACCACUCCUUCCUACGACUUUCCAAACAGCGCACCAGCAAUCAUUUCGCCGGCCUCCAAUACCUCAGCUUCAAGACAGCCACAGUCUAGCAACAUGACAAACGAACCACCGAAAGAGAUCACUAUCAUAAGUAACGACUCACCACAGCCGCCAUCUUGGAAAGGGAACGAGCGACCUCAGCAGCAACAGCCACAAGCAACAGUGAGAGGUUCACAACAUGCCAACAAGAAGAGGACUAGUCAGACAGCUGCACACGAUACUGCAAGGGACCAACAGGCAUUCUUCCAUACCCGCACAUACUCGAAUGAGAACAUUGAGUUCAACACUAUCUUGAUGGAUCGAACCACAUCACUACAGACUACGGCACCUACAUCACUGGGGCCACAUUCGAUUUAUGGGACCAGUGGUGCGCACGACGGGAAUAGUGCGGUUGGGCAGAAGAGGAAACGCGUGACUCAGCAACCGAUUCGUGAUGAGAUGGAAAAGAGGAAGAAGAUCAAGAAGAAGUUGAAGGAAGAGAAGAUUAAGGUGGUGGGAGACGCCCACAGUUCCUCUAUACCGCCACCGAAGCCCCACGUAAAGGCUGGAGAUAUCAAUGUGCGUUCGAUCAAAGAUACUGCGACUGUGAACGGGGAGACCGACGAUGCUGAAGGCUAUUACAGGGUAACGGAGGAGAAUAGGCGCAUAGGUGACAGAUACUGUAUCGGCAGACCUCUGGGCAUGGGCACCUCCGGCGAAGUCCAUGAAGCCUUUGACAAGCAGACAAAAUCGAAGUGUGCAAUCAAGAUCACUCGAGUUCAGGAUGAGGCCCGCGAUGAACUGCGGGUGCUACAGACUUUGUACCUUAACGACGAAUAG